AUGGAGCCGAGGUUAGGGAAACCCCCAUCAGGGGAGAAGAGAACAAAAAUAGAACAGCCAAAAAAGGAACAAGCCGAAAGGGUGGACAUUCUGAAGUACUGCAAGAAUGAGUUCAAAAUGGACAUUUCUUUUUUUACAAAAUUGUAUGAACAGAAAAUUGAAAUUUACAAACAUCGAUGUGAGUACAUCAAUUUGCUUUCGAGUAGCAACGUGCAUAGAAUGAAGGUGACGGCGAAUCACGCCUACGUAUCGGAUUCUUCAGAAGCAGUGAUUUUUGAGUAUCCCUAUGUCAGUUCCAGCGUGGUGGAAAUUGAUAGGAAUUCAUUUCCGUAUGUUGAGGUGGAAAUUCUUCAUACUUCAGAAGGAAGUAUGACUCGUGAGAAAGUGGUAGAAAAGGAAAAUGUUACAUCAAGCCAUACUGUUCCGAGUGGUGUAAGUGAUGGAGCAGACGAGUUGUUGCGUUCGAUGUACACAACUAGGAGGCUAGAUAUGAAAUGCACACAGGAGAAGGACAAAAGAAUAAAGAAAAGGAACACGUUUUCAAAGAAAUAUCGAGGCAUUUUAUUAAAUUUUAACACAUUGGAGGAAUUUUUAUCCACGAAAAAGGGUACACACAUUAAUUACACAAUGAGCAAUUUGAGGAGGUACUUGAAGAAACCUAGCCAUAUGAACAGUGGCAAAGACGAUGGAACAGAAGAGGAUAACAUCUAUAAAGAUACUUUCUGGAUAUAUAAACCAAAUGAGCUAAACUACUUUGAAAAAAUAAACACAUAUUUAAUUUUGACUUUUCUUGAUCUAAAAGAUUUUUUGUGCUACUACAGCUUGGCCAACCCGGUAGUAAAUCCGCCUGUCCAUUUCAGGAUGGUAGAACCGAGUGAACGGUUGUAUUAUUUUAUCGACCCUGAGGUGAUGUACCUAGAUUCAAGGAAGAACCAUAUCAACGUUGGAGACUUGCUGUACUUGUCUCAGCAAAUAGAUACGUUCUUUGAGGGGAAUAAAUUGUUUGUGGACACUGGGGCAUUUCUUUUGUUAAAAUUUGAUGUGGAGGAGUUGUCCUUACGGAAUGCUCACCUGUAUAUGAAAAUGUACCAGAGUAGUCUGCAUCGUUUAGGAAUCUGUAAUGAAGAUGUGAAGAAGAAGGAGGAAGAAGAAAUAGCUUUUGCUUCCUUGAACUCCUUUAAAAGUGUGUGCGAUUAUCUGUCCGAUAUUCGCAAGAAGUAUACUCAAGGUGAUAACAUCUGCAUGUGCUCUUGUUCAGAUAGUUCAGUGGAGCAGUUAACAAGCUCCCAUUCAUUUGGCUGUAAAUGUCAAGUGGAUGAUCCAAAGAUGACAUAUAGUGAUCCCUAUGACGUACUGCGCAAUUAUAAUGGACUCACCGUCCUACCCUUAAACUGUCUAGGCGAACUGAAAGAACGCCUACAAAAUAUGAAGGAGAAAAAAUUAAAAUAUAUUAUGGAAGACUUUUUCCACAUGUACAUAUGCUUCGUUGAUCCAAAUUUCGUCUUCACAACACUAAGUUGGGACUUCAGAAAUCUCUUGUAUUGUCUUUGCUUGAAAUAUGAGUUGUACGAUUUCGAAAUCGAGUUUCUUGUUUUUAGGGAUUUCUCUUUACUAUCCGAAGAACUCCUGUGCAAGGCAUCCUCCUCUCCUUUGUUAUGGAAAUAUCCCUACGUGAGAAAUCCCACUGGUAUCCUCCCAGGGAUGUGUAAUGCGCAUAUGCCUCCUGUAGAAAAUGCUCAGUAUACUUUGGUUUCCAAAAUGGUUACUCGAGAUUAUGGUGACAUGCAGGUAGGCAAGGAACGUCAAUGGAUAGGCAAAAGGGAAGAAUCUUACAUGGGAGGGAAAAUAUUUCACCAUAGCGGGGAACUUAACUCCGGGGAAACACGUCUACCCGCAAAGAAGAACCAACUGGUGAAGUACCUCCUAAAUUCGUCAGUCUUUAAAAUAAAAGUGCCAAGCAGGGGAGACCUUGAGGGGGAAUCCACUGGAGAAGCGAGUACAGGCGAAACGAUCACGGAGGUGGGGGUGGUUCCUAUCGGAUGCGCGCCGGGAUGGAAGAGGCGCGUGGGAGAAAAGGGAGACAAUAGCAUCCAUAAAGUUAGCCUUCGCAACUUUGUGAAUCGAGACGUGGUGCACAGAAUAGCCCUGGAACAACAUGUAAAGUUAAUAAAGUGGAAAAUCCUGAAAGAUUUAAAAGAGGAAAAAAUAACCUCGUUGAAGGUUUUAAUCCUGGGGAUGGGAACAGUGGGGUGUAGUGUCGCAAGGACAUGUGUAACUUGGGGUAUAAAACAUUUAACUCUCGUUGAUAAUUCUGUAGUAAAACAUUCGAACGUAGGUAGGCAGUCCCUGUACACGAUAGAUGAUAUAGAAGAUGAAUCUAAAAUACCAGUGCACAAAGUAGUGGCUGCAAAAAGGGGUCUAUUAAAAAUUGCUCCAGAUUUGAAUAUCCAGGCUAGGGUAAUUGACAUUCCUAUGCCUGGCCAUUCGAUUUACCUCUCCAAUGGGCGCAUAUCUAAGACGAGGGAGGCUAUCACACAUUUAGAUAAUUUAAUAUCCAAUCAUCAUGUCGUUUUUUUGGCAACGGAUUCAAAAGAAUCAAGAUACUUCCCCAGUUUGCUAAUUGCAGAGAAACAAUAUAACUGUAUGAAGGAGUUGCAGUGUCGACAGAAAUGUAAUCAGAACCAGGGGGUAAUGACCCACCCAAAUGUGGACUGUACUAAUCUGGUGCACUGUGAUUACCAUAGCGAUAUGUACAUGUACUUAACCAAGGAGGACAACAUCACGGAUGAAGAUAUCCGUGAGAGGCAAACUUUUUACAAUAAUAUCCUCACGAAUGUAAAGCAACUAGCGAAAAUGCCCCCCCUGGGAAUCACCAUAGCGUUAGGAUUUGAAUCGCUAAACAUAAUUAGACACCCCUAUUUAUAUUUUAAGGGUGGCUGUUUUUACUGCAAUGAUUUGCACUCUCCUCAGAACUCAAUAUUUGGCCAAGCCUUAGAUGAGAAGUGCACAGUCACUAGAGGAGGUCUUAGUAGCAUCAGUGGAGGAUUAUCUGUCGAAUUGUUAAUGACCCUAACACAACACCCGCUAUAUUUUUUUGCACCGCAUACGAAUAAAGAUCAGUAUGUAUACACCAGCCAGAUGCACAUGGCUGCAAGGAACCCUUCCAAAGGGGAGGCAGAAAAGGUGAAGAACAGGAAGGCUACUUCAAAUUCUCUCUUUUCUUGCUUGGGAGCCACACCUCACAUUUUGUCCCUCAAUUUGGCUGAAUUCACGAUGAGAAAAAUAUAUUGCAGUGCCUUUGACCGAUGCAUGUGUUGUUCGGAGAAAGUCAUUUUGCGCUACCAGGAGUGCCCGGAAGUUUUCGUAGAAAAUGUCAUCCGCGACAGCAGCGUACUCGAGAAAAUCACGGGCAUCGAGGAGCUCAGGGAGAAGGAAAGUGAAGUCAUCAUGUUGGACUGA